UCGCGGCGGGACCCCCGGGGUGACGGCGGGGCGCACUCCUGGAGACGCUCGGGACCCGGCCGGUCCACCGCGCCCGCCCGGGGUCGCCUCUCCCGGGGCCCGCAUGGACGCCCAGGCGCGCGAAGGCCCCCGCGGGCGCGCUCUGCGGGAUGCGGCAGAAAAUAUAUUUCAGGAACUUCAAGAACAUUUUCAAGCUCUGACUGCAACAUUAAACCUCAGGAUGGAGGAGAUGGGAAGUCGUAUUGAGGACUUGCAAAAGAAUGUGAACGACUUAAUGGUGCAGGCUGGGAUUGAAACUUCUGCUAAUGAGCAAAUGACCUGAAGGCAGUGGACCAGUCACCCAAGAGUGGUAAAAAUGAAAACUGCACUUUUGAGUAAUACACGACUAUUUAAGUUAAAAUUUCAUCUUAGUAAAAUAAGAUUAACAGAGCAAUGGCAAUGCAGUAAGGAUGUAAAUUCAGGUGAUUAACUCCUUACAAAGAUGGCUGUAAAAUGGCAAAAUUUCCCAGUGAAUACCUAACAUUUGUAAAUCUUGAAAAAAAGUAUAAGCUCUAUUAUGUCACAUUUUUGUUCUGAAUUGUUCUGUAUAGGUCUUUUUUGGAAAAGAUCACAAGCACUUUUCUGAGAGAAGUUGCUUCUUAAAUAACUGUACCCCAA